AUGGUGCUCGGGGAUUCUGUAACUACAGCUGCCAGUAGAUCUAUACGUAAAAACGAGAUUGUAUCUUCUACAAACGGAACUUCAAGCAAAAAAAACACCAUCAGAAUCCCAUUGUCAUCUAGCUCAACGUCCAAAUCUACUCCUGCGCCGAGCAUUGUCAAACUAACCUCUACGACUGCUACUGGCCGCCAGUCUCAAACUGUUACUAAGCGACAAUCGUUUGGAAAUGACUCAAGGCAUCUAGAAAAGUUCCAGCAGCAAAAACAACCGCAUCGGUCUCUGGAGUUUGGACUGAAGCUCCGUCAAUCCAUGGCCACGUUGGACAAAGAGGGCAGCGAGAGUGAUAGCGACAAAACUUUACCUGGCGAAGACGUCAGGAAAAAACAGUCAUUAGUUACUACCAAGAUGACUUCUGAGUUGCGGUCUGCAAGAUCAAUACCAGUUCUUCAAGCAACCACUUUAAAGCAAGCCGAUAUUUCCGUUCCUGUCAAAGAAUCUACACUGGGAAAAUUGCCACCUUCUGAUCGUUCCAUCAGAUCUCCUGGCUCAACCCUACUUCCUCGAAGCAGCAAUUCUUUCAAAACAGCUGUCAAACUAUCAAAAUCUCCUUAUAAGGAGUCUUCACAGCUUGAAUUGGUUUUUGCCAAUACUAGUUCUACUUGUAAACCUAUUCAUCCUGAACAAAGCCAGUCUGAAACCCUUGGCAAGUCUGCACAGGAUGCUAUUGUAUCUCAAAAGUUUGACUCUACUCCACAUAAAGAUAUUGAGGCUACGUUACAAGAAUCGAUCUCAAUUAUAUCGAUAAAUCCAGAAAGCACGCUGACAAACAUACCAAACCCAUUUUCAGAAUGUGCAGAUUUCACUGGCGAUACUAUUUAUAACCAAUCGAGUCAAACGGAAAAAUCAGAUUCAUUUAUAAAACAAACAUGUCCGCCUGUUCAAGCUGUCAUCUUACCACAAGAUCUAGAAGUAGAAGAUCCAUUUGGUCUUUCAUUGAAAAGUAAUGCAAGGCGGCCUGUUCAACGCUCUCCCGUUAUUGCGCCUCUUGCUCAACCAAGUCCAACUAUCAAACUGUCACCUGUGGUUUUACCUAAUGCACCACACCAUGAACAUGAUAUAGAUUCUGUCUAUUGUGCCAACACAGAAAAUAUAUAUAUUGCACCAGAAGUCUCUAAAAAUCCACUUAUGGACGUGCUGAUUUUGCCUGCUGCUAUUUCACCAACGACUGAAUCGACUUAUUCCAGUUCUCAACCGCUUCCAAUCACACAGUCUAUUGAAAAAACUCAAAACAGUCUUGAAUUUCCAGUUAUAACAAACCAAAUACCGCAUUAUAAUCAAAUCGAAAAGCAAGAUGAUUCAAAAGAUGAAUCUAAAUCUCCCACAACAACUGACGCUAAACCUAACCUUGUUGAUGUUUCUCCUGCAUCUUUUUCCAACUCUCGUAUCCAUGAAACUCCAGUGCAUAAUAUCGUCAAGAUAGCUACACAGAUAUCCCCAAAACAUUCACCACGGUCUCAUACUGAUCAUUUAGAAGUUCAAAAUCCAUCCUUUUCUCCAAGUCGGUUUGAUGAGUCUAUUUCUAAAAGGGAUUUGCGUCAAGACACUACAUAUUCACACCCUGUGCAGCUUCAAGUACAACACCAGGCUCGGCAAUCUCAUAUUUUGAAUCAGCCUCAUAUCCAUUCUCGACAUGACCACCAGAGUCUGCAACUAUUCAACCCGGCUGCAGAAGAGCAGCAGAAUACCAUUUUACAGCUGGAAUCUCGUCUUUCUGAUGCGUUGAGAGAAUUGGAUAAUGCGCGCGAGGACUAUGUGAGAGUAUAUCGUGUCAGUGUGCAAUCUGAUCAACAGCAUCAGGAUUUGCUUGAUCAAUUAAAAAGCGAGCAGGAAUUGAUUUCGCAGCAACGCAUUGAUAUUGAUGAGUUGACAAACAGACUUAAACACGAAAAGACACAAAAUGAACGACACGAAGCAGAUUUUAGAUUGUUUUCUCAUAAAAUACAUACUCAGCAAGAUCGAAUCAGCGAGCUGAUGAUGGAAAAUGAAACAUUAAAAUCGUCAUUGAGAAAAUUGCAGUAUGAAUCAGUUUCGCCAGCACAAGUAACUACCAACGAAAGUUUUUAUCGCGAGCGUCUUGAACAUGCUUUGUAUGACAACGAAAGCUUAAAAUUAAUGAUCAGUAGGAUGCGUUCAGAUGGUGGCCAUAGUGUUGGCUCCAACAGUCUUGCAAGGGAAUCGAAUACACUUUGCAAUGCAUGGGAUGAGAUUCCACAUCAAGCAUCGAGAGCUACACCUACUCCUAGUAUUUUUGCUUCGGACACGCAGCAAUGUAAUAUUGAUCAUGAAGAGCCUGAGCAUACUACACCUAGUUCAUCUAGACGUAUUCGAGCUACUACAGCUUAUGGGUUUGAAGACCAUAUUACCAAUCCAGAAAAUGAUGUCAACUCUCGGUCGCAAUCUUCUCUUUCACAAACCCAUUUGUCUUGUAUUAGUGGUGCAAAUACACCUUACCGCUCAGGGUUGACUGAAGGUGUGCGUGCCAAAGAUACAAUUACGCCGAGUCCUACCCAAUCUGCGUUGAAUUUGAAUAGAAGAGCAAGUCAAGCUUGGGCUGCACAGUCACCAUCUACUGAAUCUCCUGGAAUGAAACUUCCUUUACAUACCCACCACCACAGUGGCAGAGAUCCAACGAGUAUAAAUCUGACUUCGCGUUUUGCUGCUGUUCAGAGUGGUGCAAGACGGUUUAGUACCAACAGUAUAGUACCUUCGUCUCCACUUUCUCACGAAGCAGAUCAAGGACAUCAUAAUGAUCGACGUACUCCGGUAGGGGAUUGGGGACAGCGUGAUUCUGAACAUGAUAGUAGUGGCAAAUCGGAAUCACUUUUACACGAGUUUAUUUCAAAGCGCAAGACACUGGACAAGGAGCUGCGCUCACUAUCUGAAGAAAAAUCAAGAUUGACAUUUGAGCUUAGUCGUAUUCCUGCUAGCAGUGGUGGUGGUGGAAACAAAAGCCGCAAGAGACUAGAUGAGAUUGAGGAGAGUUUGGAUGUGGUGGAUCGCAAGAUGGCUGCCGUGCGUAAACAGAUGAAACAAAUUGGUAUUUUAUAA